UUUAGCUGCGGAUUGAAACUGAAAGAAUGGACUCUAGCAACAAGGUUACAUUGAGUUUACGCUUCGUCACCAACAGGUGCACCAGGGGUCUGACCAUUUGAAGUUAUUAAGAAAACAAAAACAAACAAACAAAAAAAAAAAACUAUACUGCUACCUUCAGAAGUCUACACGGUUUGUCAUUUACGUGUUUUCAGGGCCUCCCAAGUCUCCCUUACUUUGAAUCCUAAAAUACAAAUUGAAUCAUUUAAUAAGCUAAAAUGGAGGCUGCUAUGGUGAGUGUGGAAAGUGGAGGGUGCAACAGCCACCCGCCUUACGGUUACGCGCAGGCUCGGGCAAGGGAGAGGGAACGGGAGCGCGAACGGGAGCGCCAAGCACACUCCAGAGCUGAAGCUGCGGCGGCAGGAGUAGGAGGGGGCGGCCGCCACCAUCACCACCACCACCACAACCCGCAGCAACAGCAGCAGAAUCAGUCUCGCACCGCCUCCUUGUGCCAAGCUACCGACAGCUGUAGCGAUGGGACCGCCUCGUGCCCCUCCUCCGCCUCCGCCUCUCAACAGCAGCAACACCACCACGAGCCACAACAACAGCAGCAGCAACUAGUCCAAGGGAAGAAAAAGCAUCGGGGCUCAGAGCAGGACAGGAGAAAGAAGCGUCGUCAGGGCUGCGGAGGGGGCCACUCUCGCCACUCGGAGUUGGCUCCAACUGGGUCGGAGGAAGAAAUUAUGAAAGAGGAGGAAGAAGAAGAAGAAGAAGAAGAAGAAGAAGAAGAAGAAGAAGAAGAAGAAGAAGAAGUUGACGCAGGGGAACUGACUGCAGGUGACAGGAAAACAAGUUUUCUCUCUACCAUGGAUGAUGAACAGGAGAGGGUUUCUCUCACUGACAGACUAUCCCGGCAAGGCUAUGACUCUGUCUACAGGCAGUACGAGUGCUGCGAGAGAGUUGUCAUCAACGUCUCCGGACUGAAGUUCGAGACGCAGCUGAAAACUUUGACUAGGUUUCCUGACACGCUGUUAGGGGACGCGGAAAAACGAAUCAGUCACUUCGACCCCCUGAGGAACGAGUACUUUUUUGACAGGAAUAGACCCAGCUUUGAUGCCAUCCUGUACUUUUACCAGUCAGGCGGCAGGUUAAAGAGACCCCCCAGCGUGCCUUUUGACAUCUUCUCUGAGGAGAUCAAGUUUUACGAACUUGGAGAAGAUGCAAUGCUGAAGUUCAGGGAGGACGAGGGUUUCGUGAAGGAGGAGGAGAAGCCUUUGCCAGAGGACGAGUUCAAACGCCAGGUCUGGCUUCUGUUUGAACACCCAGAAAGCUCAGUGCCCGCUAGAGGAAUUGCGAUCGUCUCAGUGGUGGUAAUCCUGAUCUCCAUAAUCAUAUUUUGUAUGGAAACAUUACCUGUGUUCAGAGAAGACAACGAUUACUUAAACAGCGGCGUCAACGGCACAGCCCAAGACAAUGGAUCUACACCUUUUAACGACCCUUUUUUCAUUGUGGAGACUGUGUGCAUUAUUUGGUUCUCUUUUGAACUGAUUGUUCGUUUCUAUGCAUGUCCCAGCAAAGCUGACUUCUUUAAAACCAUUAUGAACACUAUUGACAUUGUAUCCAUUUUGCCUUAUUUUAUCACGAUUGCCUCUGAUCUCGCUCAGCAGCAUCAAGGCAACGGGCAACAAGCCAUGUCUUUUGCCAUUUUGAGGAUAAUUCGCCUUGUCAGAGUGUUUCGCAUAUUCAAACUUUCCAGGCACUCGAAAGGCCUGCAAAUCCUCGGACAUACCCUCAGGGCCAGUCUGAGGGAGCUGGGUCUGCUGAUGUUUUUCCUUUUCAUCGGCGUCAUCCUGUUUUCCAGCGCGGUGUAUUUUGCAGAAGCAGACGAGCCCCGCUCCCAGUUCGGGAGUAUCCCCGAUGCCUUUUGGUGGGCUGUGGUAACCAUGACCACGGUCGGCUAUGGCGACAUGAAGCCUAUAACUGUCGGUGGCAAGAUAGUGGGCUCACUCUGUGCCAUAGCAGGUGUUUUAACCAUUGCUCUCCCGGUGCCGGUAAUUGUUUCCAACUUUAACUAUUUUUACCAUAGAGAAACUGACAAUGAAGACCAGUCACCGGUUCAGCAGUCUGCACCCACCUGCCCCUGCUUCCCCACAAACUUCCUAAGGAAGUGUAGAGGUUCCUCCUCAUCCUCUUCUUUGGGGGACAAAUCUGAGUACGUGGAGAUGGAGGAGGGAGUGACGGAAGCGCUCUGCGCAAAGGAAAAUCAGAGCCAGAGUAAAGGCAAUGGCACAGAAAUAGUCAAGAAACACUGUGUGAAUCCUAGCUCGGUACAAACCGACGUGUGAUGCGGGUGCAGUUCUUUCGUACUGCGUUUGGAAUGAUUACCGCUCAAGCAUUGAAGAGACAUACAUGCACAAACCAGCAAGGGGAAAUGAACUGCAUACACAAUGCUGUGCUUUAUCAAUAUUAUAAGAACUAAUGCGAGUGCAGACAUAUGAGAGGUCAAUGAUGGACUGCAAAGAGACGUUCACAUGAGAGGGCGGGAGGCAUAUUUUGUUUUUCAUUCUCAAAGCUUCAUCCUGAACUCUUCGUUAUUUACGGUUUUGCACAUUAACUUAACACUAUCAUUGACAUCCAUCAGCUCUGCGUUUGGCAUUUUUAACAGAAUUUCAAAUUCAUACAACUGUGAGUGUAGGUAUGGACAGCACUAAUAACAGAAAACACUGUCAGAAAAUAGCGGUGCUCGGCAAGCGAUUGUCAAUACUUGUUUAAAGGAUUAGCGCAAGGCACUCUUGCGAACAAUAACAAAGUAAUUUGUGUAACAUCAAAGAAAACGCUGCUCAAUCCUAAAAAAAAUAUAAUAAUUAUAAGGCACUUUAAGAAAAGAAAACAAACAAACAAACAAACGUUCCUUAACAGUAAAGUACCUCCUGUCUUGUUAGCAAACAGAUAAAGUUAAAGCACUCAAAGGAUACAGGUGGAGCUCCAGUUUUGCUGUUGUUUGAUAAAACUCUGCCUUGUUUGCACUAUUAAGGCAAAUCUGUACUGUAAUGCUGUGAAAUGUUAAUUAUAAUUGCAAGACAAUCACGCAAGCCAUCCUAUUUCCGGGACGUUUGACUGUAAUCUAUUUAUACACCAUCCAAUAAAUACGCACAGCGACACACUGCAGUCAUUUGGAACGUUGUAGGCUACUUCUUUCUUUCUUUUUUUUGGUCGCCAUCUAUAUGUUGAAUGGCAUUUGAUAACCUGGGAAGACUAGUCGCUGUUGUCAGCUGCUUUGUUUUUUGUAAGGAUGUCCGAUAAAUACCGAUUUAGCGCUUCCAGCUGUUGCCCAAUAGUUGGCAGUUCAUUACGGUCACAUACCCUUUCUGAAAUGCAAGUCUCCCCCCUGGAACAGUGCCCCCUUAAGGGAAUAUUACUGUCCACGUCAUUCUGUUGUGUACAGAACUAAGUUGUUCGUUUUUUCUGUUGCAAUUAUCCCAAAACACAUACUGGGGGUGUAUAAACAUCAACCAAGCUAGUAAAGCCUUCUAACCAUGUGCAUUGGCGGAUUGAAUGUGAGGGAAUAGAAUCGAAUUAUGUUUCAGAGACCACAGCAACUCUAUCAUACAGUAUUUACCCCCCCCCCCCCCCAAAAGAAAGCAAACAAAACAAAACAAAAAAAUCAAAAAAAAACAAAAAAAAACCAAACAAACAAAAAAACCCUAACAUCAAUAACAUUAUUUCAGGCAGUCGUGCGAGCCCGUGUUGCUGCUGCAAUUUAACACAGUACCACAAACCCUACACACAAACUGCAUGUCUUGUUCAAGACUGAUCUGAAAGCAUUCCCCAAGGACGUCUAUCUUAUAAUUCCUUCUGAAGAUCAUGUGACAGAACCGCACUCUCCAGGGAUGAGGGAAUUGUGCUUCCAGUUCAAAAUCAUCUCCUCUAAUUUAUUCCAGAGAAAUGCAAAAUCCAUUUAAACCAUCACAAGUGGAAAUCAUUUACAUUAUGGCUAUAUACGAACUUGGACACUUUACCAUCAGAAGAAAGAACAAACAACCCCAAAAAGUAUG